UCCUCCAUAUUAUUUAUCCAUUAUUCCCCAAUUAUUCACUAUCAUUGCCCAAAUAUUCCCUGUUAUUCCCCUAAUAUUCCCUAAAUAUUUCCCAUUGUUCUCCCAAUAUCCCCCCACUAUUUCUCCUUCCCUUCCCUCAUCCUCCAAGCAGCUGGAGGCAGCUGGAAUGACACGAUGCCAUUUCCUGGGGCCAUUUCUUUGUCCCCCACACCCCACUGUCCCUGUACCUCAUGUCCCCAUGUUCCACAUCCCCCUGCAUCCCCAAGUUCCCAACUCCUUGAACCCCACACCCUUCUAUCCUCCAUGUCCCCACAUCUUCAUGUCCCUAUACCCCAUGUCCCCACUUCCCACAUUCCAAUGAACCUGCACUCUCCAUGUCCCCAAUCCCACAUUCCAUGUCCCUGUACCCCCAUGUCCCUGUAUCAUGUUUCAGCAUCCCUGUGUUCCUAUGUUCCCAUGUCCCACAUCCCCAUGUCCCUGUACCCACUGUCCCCAUGUCCCCACAUCCUGUUGUCCCCAUGUUCCCAUGUCCCAUACCCUCAUGUCUCUGUAACCACUGUCCCUAUGUCCCCACAUCCUGUGUCCCUGUAUCCAUGUUCCCAUGUCCCACAUCCCUGUACUCCCCAUGUCCCCACAUCCUGUGUCCCUGUAUCCAUGUUCCCAUGUCCCACGUCCCCACAUCCCUGUACUCUCCAUGUCCCCACAUCCUGUGUCCCUGUAUCCAUGUUCCCAUGUCCCACGUCCCCACAUCCCUGUACUCUCCAUGUCCCCACAUCCUGUGUCCCUGUAUCCAUGUUCCCAUGUCCCACGUCCCCACAUCCCUGUACUCUCCAUGUCCCCACAUCCUGUGUCCCUGUAUCCAUGUUCCCAUGUCCCACGUCCCCACAUCCCUGUACUCUCCAUGUCCCCACAUCCUGUGUCCCUGUAUCCAUGUUCCCAUGUCCCACGUCCCCACAUCCCUGUACUCUCCAUGUCCCCACAUCCUGUGUCCCUGUAUCCAUGUUCCCAUGUCCCACGUCCCCACAUCCCUGUACUCUCCAUGUCCCCACAUCCUGUGUCCCUGUAUCCAUGUUCCCAUGUCCCACGUCCCCACAUCCCUGUACUCUCCAUGUCCCCACAUCCUUUGUCCCCAUACCCUGUGUGUGACCAUGUCCCUGUGUCUCUCCCUGUCCCCAUGUUCUGUACUCCUCGUGUUCCCAAGUCCUUGUAUCCCAUGUCCCCCCGUGUCCCCCCAUGCC